AUGUACCAGAAGUGGGCCACAGAGGAUCCUCCUAGCCGCAGGCCCGGCCCUUUCACCUCACGGCUCCGGCAGUCAUCGGAGGCGGUGAUAGCCGGCCUGCCAGCAACGGGGGCCUGGAUUGGGCCUCAAGAAUGCUCCCUGUGCUGGUGGAACGGGGCCCCUGAGGAAGAGGCCGGGGGCAAUUGUGGUUGCCAAGUGACUUGGGCUCAGGAAACCCCUUGGGAGCCGCCGCCCUUGCCCCGACCGCGUCACCAUCCUAGGAUCACCACCCCACGCCCAUGGUCGGGCCCGGCAAGGGCGCCUCUGCGGGCCAGUGGGGCCCACACGUCCAUCUAUGGCGAUGCGACCCCAGUGGAGCCGAACUUCUGCCCCCGGGCCUUCGUGGUGCACCUGGAAGGGGCCUGUGCCCAAGCGGAAGGACCACCAGCAGAAGAAGUGGGAGAAGGCUCCUGGGCACAGGGCACUGUGGGGAGGAUUUUGAGGAAACAGAGGAGCAACUUCAGCAUAAUGGGGAAAAGAAAUUCGUUUGGUGGGAUCUGUGGCACUCAUCUUCCUUUGUCAAACAACCCUCAUGAGAAUUUACCUCAUUGGAAUUUGGAAUCAGAUGUCUUCACUUUUGAAAGUAAAAACCUCCCACCUGGAAGGGAGAGUGCAGCAGGUGGUAAGCUGAAAAAGAAUCAUUUGGAAAUUCCAUUAGAACAACUGAUAGAACUUACUUUGUCGGAGAACCCACAAAAAAGAUCUCAGAAUAAUAGUAAACCAGGAAUGUUUCAGUUCUGGAGCUACCCUCAUAAUGAAGCAAUAACUAUGGAGAAUAGGGAUUUCCAAAAAUCUCCGAUGGAAAUUGGCUUUAAGGUAAAUAAUCCUCUAAGGCUCUUCACUCUGAACCACUCACUAACAGGUGCUUCUGUUGAUAAACAAGCUGGUUCUUACACUGCACUACAACAACAGAUGCCAUUAAGUCUCUGCUGGCCUUAUGCUGAUGGAGACUUUUGUAAAGAUAGACGUGAGGCUGAGAAUAAUUCAUAUCCAGCUAUAGAAUGCAACAAUGAUGAAACUUUAUCUGCUUCAAAUUGGAAUAUGAAAUAUGGGAACAGCAGCAUGGAAGAAAAUCUAACUGAUGAAAGUGAUUUAUCAGAAAAUGAAAAAGUAAAUGAUACAAUAUUCACUUAUUUUAAAAAAGUGGACCUGAACUUAAAGCCAGAAGUAAUAGAAGAUUUUGAAGAAUCUUUGUUGGAACAGCCAAGUGAAGUAUUUUCAUAUCCUGAUUUUCUCCCUCCACCUUUUAAUACUCUAGACUUACACAAACUGGCCCUCUCAAAAUCUGAAAAUUGGAAAUUAGCAUUAGAUCCUAUAGAAAGCUCCAUUGAGCAGUUGAUAAGUCGUUUAUUAGAAAUGGAAAGAAUACAACACCUGACUAUACAAAAGGAGAAGCUAAAGAUACCAGCCAACUGCUCUACUCCAGUCACUACUGAACGACCCAGUUCAUCCAAAGCUUCAUCAAAACAAAAACCAUCAAGAUAUCCUGAAUCUCUGCCUCUUCAGACAGCUUGUGUAGAUAAAGGUAGAGAAAAAAGAAAAAACAACUCUAAUUCUUGCAAACUUGAACACAAUACUUCAAAAUGCAGUUGGAACAAUGCUGGCAAAUAUAAGUGGAAUUCCAGGCCACCAUCUAUCAGAAGCUCAUCUACCACAAAGCAAAUCAUUGCAACUUAUGAUGAUUUAAAAAUUCCCAAAGGACCCUCUUUAAGUCCAUGCCAAGAAGUUUCAUCUAGACCUACUUCGAGCCAUUCCAUUACUCAAACAACUCAUCCAUUGGUUAAAAUGGUUUCAACAAGAUGUGUGCAGCCAAAGUCUCCACUACCUUUAUCUUCCCUAUCUCUUUGUUUGCCUGAGACAUCAAGAAGCAAAAAAAAACUUUAUCGGAAAACUAUAGCUAUAAAUAGACCAUUCCAUGUUCAGAAGAGGCAUUGUUUAUCUCCUUCACUUACAGCUAAAUGUGAGAAGUGCUCACACAUUGACCAAAAAUAACCUUUUUUUUUUCCUGUCAUUAUUCUCAUUGGGAGUAAACCUAGCCCACCAUACCAGUUGAAAUCUGAUGUAUUACUCCCAGUUACAGGUAUUACAAAACAAAAACAAAACCCCAAAGAUUACUUGAAGUGAUAUGAAGUAAUUCUUGUGAAAAUUACUACUUUGUGCUUCAUAUAAAUCUGGGAGUUUUUCUGAUGACAGAUUUGAUAAACCUUUUGUGUUUCAUCACCAAGAAACAUUUCAUUGAGGAAACCAAAUUCU